AAACACGGUGCAUUCACGGACAUGUUCUGGCGGAGAGCCGCCAGCUACUGAGCACAGCGAGCCCACCCUGAUACUCACAUCCAGGGAACAUGGGAGGGUCUCAGAGCGUCGAGAUCCCGGGUGGAGGGACUGAAGGCUACCACGUCCUCAGAGUGCAAGAGAAUUCCCCUGGUCACUGUGCAGGACUGGAGCCGUUCUUUGAUUUCAUCAUUUCUAUUUGUGACACAAGACUGAACAAAGACAACGACACGUUGAAAGAGUUGCUGAAGAUGAACGUGGAGAGGCCCAUCAAGAUGCUGUUAUACAGCAGCAAGUCGCUGGCAGUGAGGGAGACAACCGUCACACCCAGCACCAUGUGGGGCGGCCAGGGGCUCCUGGGAGUCAGCAUCCGCUUCUGCAGCUUUGAAGGAGCCAAUGAAAAUGUCUGGCAUGUUUUGGAAGUGGAGCCAAACUCUCCUGCAGCCAUCGCUGGUCUGAGGGCCCACGCUGACUACAUCAUAGGAGCCGACACUGUCAUGAAUGAGAGUGAAGAUCUUUUCUCUGUGGUUGAAACCCACGAAGGGAAGGAACUGAAGCUGUAUGUUUACAACACAGAUACAGACAACUGUCGCGAGGUGCUCAUCACUCCAAACAUUGACUGGGGAGGAGAGGGCAGUCUAGGUUGUGGGAUCGGCUACGGCUACCUGCACCGGAUACCUACGCUGUCAUGUGGAGAGAGCAGGAACAUCAGAUUCCCUGCACGGUCUCCCAGUGAACCAGCGACUCCACCUAAAGACGGCUUCACAGAGGUCCAUCUCUCUGCUGUUAUUCCGACCGUUCCAGUUGCUGUUUCUUCUUCUGCUUCGACUGGAUUAGAGCAGUCUCUCGCUGGCUUGUCAGUCGACUCUAAUCCGACCAGUGUCGUCAGCAGCCUGCAGACAGGAGCUCCUGUCGUUCCACCACCGAGCCAUGUCCCCUCCUCACAAAGUGCCCCCCUGUCUUUAAAUCCUGCUGCCACAAUACCAGGUUUAAUGCCCUUACCAGGAGGUCUUCCACCAUUUCCUAAUUUGCCAAAUCUGAAUAUGACCUUGCCAGAUGUUGGCCACAUAUUGCCACCUGGAGUUGGUGGAUUACAACAUGCAGGUCUUCCACCCCUCACCCUGCCAGGUGUGGUCCCCGCUGUAACUCUGCCUCCGUCUGACUUUGUUCUUCCCCCGAUCACUUCUAAUGCAGCUCCGGCUGUUACACUGGAGUCCACAUAUCCCUCCUCCACUAUCCAAAUGAACAGUUCACUGACCAAAACCCCCAUCCCAUCAACAGCAGCCACCUCUGAAUCAAUAAAUAUCACAAUAACUGCAGACUCAUCUUAGCAGAGAGCUCCAUUUAAGGUUGUCAGCUUACACAAUAUAGCCGGUCUAUUAGCUGCACCACUCAGUUGACAAAUUGCUCCGACACUGUUAGGAUUGUUGAACGAGCUCCAGUAUCUCGAGCAUACUGGAACCUCAAGCUGGUCUACUCACAACGAGAGUGAAUGUGUGUUCAGCAGCAGCAUGUUAAAGGGAUAGGUUGGGUUUUUGUAAGUGAUUCUGUAUGAGGUACUUACCUAUAUUCAGUGUAUAACUUGAAAUAGAUGGCAAUCUGCACACCCCCAGUUUGGAGAAGCAGGCAGAAUUAGAGACAUGACAGCAACAAAGUGUAUUUUAGUCACCCCUCCAAAAAAAAUCAAUAUCAGUUUAAGCGUAGGCUAUAUUUAGAAUAUUUUCUUUACCUGCCUUGGCGCCAGACAGCCCUUUCUGACAGGAAACUGACGUUAUGCUUUCUUCAAAGCCACCAGACUCCAUUUAUAACAACAGUAAUUUCACCUUGCAGAACACAGGAGUUGUUGGUCUAUUGCUUAUAAAGGGUUAGAUUCAUGAAAGUCACACAAUAACACAAACAAGCUAAACGAUCGGGGCAGUAUUAGACCAGUAAUUGCUGUGUUCUGACAUAAAAUUACUGUUUCCUGUCAAAGGAGUCCGGUGACUGGAGAGAGAACGAUAAGGGCUUCAGUUCCCCCUCACUUAAUCUUUGACAUGGCUGUGUGACUCCUAGGUAAAGAAGUGAAAAUAUAAAUAAAGUGUACUUGCACGUGACUGAAAUGCCUUUAGCUGCUGCUGUACAUUGCUUAGCGUCUGUCACUGUACUCCAGCCUGCUUCUCCAGACGAGGUGUAUUGACCGCCAUCUACUGUAGGUAAUACACUGACUACAGCUCUUCAUACAACCCCACUUCAAAAAAUCCAACUAUCUAUUUAGGAGCAGCAUGAUAAUGGCAGUAGAAAGAAAAUUACAAGAAUCAUUUUAACCUCUGAGCAGAGUUUCAAUGUUCACUCUGGCGCAGAACAACUUUUAAAAUUAGUUCAUAAGUCAAGUAGUAAUGAAUGUGUUAUUUAUCUGAAACUAUGUGGGCUUUUUGA